CUGCGCUUUCCUCGUGUUCUAUCUAAGUGGGUAUGCAUGCAUCACCUCACUACUUCUAGUUGAUGAAUUGAGCCAGUUCACCCAUUACAAGCCUUCAGAGUAGAAUAAAUAUCUCUCCUUCCUGCCCUCGUGAACUAGCUUCUGUCCUCCAACCUUGCCUUGUCUUGUCUUAAAACAAGCACAUAUCCUCUUCCCAACCUCUAUUCAUAAACCUCAUACUACCAUGUACGCGACACUCAGUUGUCACCCUCCGCUAGGUCAAACCACAACAAUUGCUCCAGGGAAGGAGUCUGUCAGAUUCACCGUGCUCAUCGAGAGCUCAGCUGGCUCAGAGAAGACAUGGGACGUCGCUCUUUGGCAUAAUUUCGAAAAUCACGACAAGUGGACGAGCUUGAGUCUUGAAGCGAUUCCGGAGCCAUCCGUAACAGUAGUGAAAGCGAGCCAAACAGAUGUGCAACGUCAGUACUUCACUAUCAACCUACCCGGGCGCCCGGAACACGACGCUUCAUUAUCAUACACCAUCACGUUCAGGGCAGCAGAUGACGAGCCAUGGAAAUGGGCUAAUGAAGUGUUCUCGACCUCGGAUGGCCAUUUGAUAUAUCAAAACGUGGAUCCCUUGGAUGAAAAUCUGACGCACUACAUUGAUGGGCUUCCGCCCUCGCUCACCAUCGAGAAAGAGCAAAGUGACACCGAUAACACGCUUCUAUGGUCUAUUGCUGGCCCUGUCAACGCAGCAUCUGGCAAGACCCCUGGCUUUUCGAAUGAAAAACUGGGUAAACCGACCAAUUUGUCCCGCUGGUUCGCUGUAGUUCGCUUAUGGAGCCCAUGGAUUGCUCCCAGACAAGGCAAAGACAAGUUCCAACCAGAUAAGGAGGCCAUCUUGACGGCGUUCGAACGCCACGAUGGCUCUCACCUGGUUGUGCUUGCAGUCAGUGGUAUGGACGACGUAUUAACGACUUUACACCAUGAUGGCGAUGGAAGGAUAGUUCUUAACUCACAAAACGACAGGGAACAAGAGGGAAUUGUUCGACUUAUUGCCGCCGUCGGUAAAUCUUUGGAAGAUGCUGUGGCAGCUGUCAUGUAUCAUGCGAGGAAGCUAGUUAUGAAGUACGAGGCCGCAUCUGGGGAGACUGAUGCCGAAAUACAGGCACUCACUGAUGGCUUCAAGCCCGAAUGGCUGGAGAACUGGUAUGACGGUCUGUCAUAUUGCACAUGGAAUGGACUGGGUCAGAACCUUACCGAAGAAAAGCUCUUCAGCGCUCUGGAGUCUCUCUCGAAGAACGAGAUCAAUAUCAGCAACUUGAUCAUCGACGACAAUUGGCAGUCGUUGAAUACUGAAGGCGGCGACCAGUUUGGCAACGCUUGGAUGGAGUUUGAAGCUACUAAGAAGGGCUUCCCUCGCGGUCUCAAGGCUACAGUGGGUGAUAUCCGCAACAAAUACAAGAACAUCAAACACAUCGCCGUCUGGCAUGCGAUAUACGGAUACUGGGGUGGAAUUGCACCAGACGGUCGGAUUGCGAAAGAAUACAAGACGACAGUUGUCGAAAAGAAAGAUGGAGUGUCAGGAGGAAAGGUGCUAGUGGUCGCUGAAGAGGAUGUUGGUCGCUUCUACAACGAUUUCUACCAGUUCCUCAGCUCAGCAGGCGUCGACUCGGUCAAGACAGAUGCCCAGUUCUUCCUUGACGAAAUCAAGAAUGCUGACGACCGUCGACACCUCAUCAAUGCAUACCAAGAUGCAUGGAAUAUUUCCCAUCUACGAUAUUUCUCGGCCAGGGCGAUUUCAUGCAUGUCUCAGACACCGCAGAUGAUCUUCCACUCCCAACUGCCUUCUAAUAAGCCACGAGUAUUGCUUCGCAACUCGGACGACUUUUUCCCGGAGGUUCCAGCCUCUCAUCCCUGGCAUAUCUUUUGCAAUGCGCACAACUCGAUCCUCACCCAACACUUGAACAUUCUGCCCGACUGGGAUAUGUUCCAGACGUCUCAUGACUAUGCCUCAUUCCACGCUGCAGGACGUUGUGUCUCUGGUGGUCCGAUCUACAUCACUGACGUGCCUGGGCAACAUGACAUUAACCUAAUCGCGCAGAUGACGGGGAAUACUCCCCGUGGAGACACGGUUAUCCUACGACCUCAUAUCGUCGGUAAAAGCACGUCGGCUUACAAUGCUUACGACGAUCCUGUACUCCUCAAAAUAAACACCUAUGUUGGAAUGGCUCAUAGUGGAGUCAGCAUCCUGGGAGUAUUCAACUGCACUCAGCGACCGCUCGCAGAACUAAUCGGAUUGGAUGCCUUUCCAGGAGCCGAAAAUGGAAGGUACAUCAUCAGAAGUCAUACCAGCGGUCAGGUCACGAAGCCUACAAGCGUCGACACAAAUGACGCGGUCGUCUCCCUGGAGCUACCAGUACGAGGCUGGGAGAUUCUUUCCGCUUACCCAUUGCAUUCAUUAAAGCUACAGCGCGAGAAAGCUGGAAAGGGUCCAGAAGAUAUCGCAGUCGCCAAUCUCGGCAUCUUGGGGAAAAUGACUGGAGCGGCUGCCAUUGUCAACACCGACAGCUACAUUGAUCGAUCGUCGGGCAGACUUAGAAUUUGGACGUCCCUCAAAGUGUUGGGCACAUACGGGAUAUAUGUCUCCGAUUUGAAAGAGCGCUCGAUCGGAGAUGACUUCUUUGCUCUCAUCUUUGGUCGGCCAAUACCCGCCCACUGCGUUAAGACUAGUGACAUCUGCGAGAAUGUGCUCGAGAUUGACACAGUCAGGGCUUGGAAAGAGACUGAUUCCAAAGCAUCGUGGAGUAAUGAGGUUGCUAUAGAGGUGGUUAUUCGGUGAAUAGGGACACCAAUGGCAUCGCUUUGGACAUGAAUGCAAUUCCUGUCCCUUCAUGAGUUUCUAUCCAUAUUGCUCAUGUAUGUCAAAUGCUGUGUAGAACAAACAUGCU